AAGACUGAGAAACUCGGGCAGAGACUGGAUCCAGCUGCAGAGCAGAGCCCCCGCCCCGGGCUAUUUUUAGACCCCGUGAGCCCCCCUCCAGGCCGGGAGGGGACCUAGUCACCCCUCCUUCGGCCGGGGACCCCGCGCCGCCACGCGCUCCGUCGGUGCCCGGCGGGACGUGGUAGCGCGGGAGUUCUCCCGCUGUGACUUGGUUUCCCUGGACCCGGGAGGCCGAGCUGCCCUGCUUCCGCCUCCGCACGCCCUUCCUCCCGCCAGUCAUUUACGCGUGCUCCAGGGCCCAGGACGGCGCGCCUACCCCUGCACGCCCCCUCGACCACCUUCAGCUGACCACAGUUGGCCCUGAGGUGUCUCUGAACCACCACCAGCCUUGGCCUGAUGAAGUGGUGACUCUCCCUGCUAUGCUCCAGAACCAUGUGGCCCAAUGCCAGUUCUCUGGGACCCUGUUUCCGGCCUAUGAACAUCACACUGGAGGAACGGCGCCUGAUUGCCUCCCCAUGGUUCGCAGCCUCUUUCUGCCUGGUGGGCCUGGCCUCCAACCUGCUGGCGCUGAGUGUGCUGAUGGGCGCACGGCAGGGCAGCUCCCAGUCUAGAUCUUCCUUCCUGACCUUCCUCUGUGGCCUGGUCCUCACUGACUUCAUGGGGCUGCUGGUCACUGGUGCCAUCGUGGUGACCCAGCACUUCGUCCUCUUUGAAUGGCAGGCCGUGGACCCUGGCUGCAGCCUCUGCCAUUUCAUGGGCGUCAUCAUGGUCUUUUUUGGCCUGUGUCCACUGCUGCUGGGGGCCGCCAUGGCCUCGGAGCGCUUCCUGGGCAUCACCCGGCCCUUCUCAAGGCCCGCGACUGCCUCGCAGCGCCGAGCCUGGACCACAGUGGGGCUGGUGUGGGCCUCUGCGCUGGCACUGGGCCUGCUGCCCCUCCUGGGCGUGGGCCACUACACUGUGCAGUAUCCCGGCUCCUGGUGCUUCCUCACACUCGGCACCGAUCCGGGGGACGUGGCCUUCGGCCUGCUCUUUGCACUCCUCGGCAGCAUCUCGGUGGGGAUGUCCUUCCUGCUCAAUACCAUCAGUGUGGCCACCCUGUGCCACGUCUACCAUGGGCAGGCGACUGCCCAGCAGCGCCCGAGGGACUGCGAGGUGGAGAUGAUGGUGCAGCUCAUGGGCAUUAUGGUGGUGGCCAGCAUUUGCUGGAUGCCACUGCUGGUCUUCAUCGCCCAGACGGUGCUGCGGAGCCCGCCUGCCAUGAGCCCGACGGGGCAGCUGUCCCGCCCCACGGAGCGGCAGCUGCUCAUCUACCUGCGAGUGGCCACCUGGAACCAGAUCCUCGACCCCUGGGUGUACAUCCUGUUUCGCCGGGCAGUGAUCCAGCGCUUCUACCCUCGCCUGAGCACCCGGUCCCGGUCACUGUCCCUGCAGCCCCAGCUCACCCGCAGGUCAACAAUUCACUAGGUCCUAGGCUGGACAUAGUGACAGCUCUGGAAGGACAGAGCACCCUGCCAGAAUGUCCCCCACCAGACCUUUAUCUUUCGCUUCUGUCUGUCCUGAUGCCCAGGAGCCAAGAGUGCAGCAUAGACAGAGGGUUUGAACAACAAAAUUGUGUGCUAUCUUCCAUCAGCCCCAGGGACACCCCCUCAAGUCUUCCCUGACUCCCCUUUCCAAAGCCCUUCCCCUCUCUCAGCCCCUACUUUGAGUCCCCUCCCAACCCCAGGAAGGAUGUGACGGUGCUGGGCAGGUAUCUGGAGGAAAUCAGACUUGUAAGCUUCCCCUUGCGGAAAUCCUCCAAAAAUAAGGGGCUCCGACCCCUGAAUCUGACCUGCUUACUGGGGUGUGGUUGAUUCCCUUUGACACCCCAAUUCGUAAAGGCUCUGUCUAGAAAGGUUGAAUGCCAACAGACCCCCUCUCUUGCCAAAAUAUAAUCUCCACCUCAGCUUUAUUUUCCUUUGGCUCUGAAAUCAUCCAUCAUUGAAGUUUCUGGUGUCAAGAUUCCUAUCCAGCCCACAGCUGGUGAACAGGACUAGGGUGGGGGUUGGGGAAGCCCCAGCUGAGCAGGACUAGGGCGGGAGUCGGGGAAGCCCCUAGAGGUGAGGCUGGCUCCUCACUCCUCUACCCCCACCCUUUAUUGAGUCUUGCCUGAGCAUUUCAUGGUUGAGAUCUCCUGGAAUCCUGCCUGCAACCCCAGGAGUGGGUUCUGGGUUAAACCCAUUUUGCAGAUGAGGAAAAGGGAGGACGAGAUAGAUACCCAGAGACCAUGGGGUACACGCCUGCUUCCUCCCCUGCAGAUUAAGCGCAUGCCUUCAUCAGCUUGUGGUUUCACCAUCUAUCCACUCAGCCCCUCAGACUCCCUGCACCUUGAGCAAGCAGCUCCUGGCCCACAGUAGCUGCUCAAUAAAAGUAGAUUGAUCUU